AUGUCGAGUCAAAACGAAACAUUUUAUCUCCGCUACUACUCAGGUCACUCUGGGCGGUUCGGACAUGAGUUUCUAGAAUUCGACUUCCGUACCCUCGGCGACGGCCGCAGCGCUGCGGUUCGGUACGCGAACAAUUCCAACUACCGCAACGACUCCCUCAUCCGUAAAGAGAUGUGCGUGAGCUCGGCGAUGAUCCAGGAAGUUAAGCGCAUCAUCAAGAACAGCGAGAUCUUGAAGGAAGAUGAUUCGAAAUGGCCCCAGAAGAACAAGGACGGCCGGCAGGAGCUGGAGAUCCGGCUGGGAAAUGAGCAUAUCUCUUUUGAGACCGCGAAAAUCGGAUCUCUGGUGGAUGUGACAGAAUCAGCAGACCCAGAGGGUCUUCGGGUGUUCUACUACCUCGUACAGGAUUUGAAGGCGCUCAUUUUCUCCCUGAUAUCUCUUCACUUCAAGAUCAAGCCGAUCUGA